AUGUUAGCAGAAGGAUAUUCCCUCAGACUGGUGAAUGGUACUAAUGACUGCUCUGGGAGAGUGGAGAUCCUGUAUAAUGGUGUGUGGGGAACCGUGUGUGAUGAUUCCUGGGACCUGAAUGAUGCUGCUGUGGUGUGCAGACAGCUGGGAUGUGGAGGAGCUGUUAAUGCAUCACAGAGUGCUUCAUUUGGCCAGGGAAGUGGUCAGAUCUGGUUGGAUAAUGUGGGAUGUUCAGGAAGUGAAUCCUCACUCACAGACUGCUCACACCGUGGUUUUGGAGAACAUAACUGUGGACACCAUGAAGAUGCAGGAGUUGUCUGCUUAAAAGACAUUAGAUUGGUUGGUGGGAAUUAUUCAUGCUCUGGGAGAGUGGAGAUCCUGUAUAACGGCAUGUGGGGAACCGUGUGUGAUGAUGACUGGGACAUGAAUAAUGCUGCUGUGGUGUGCAGACAGAUGGGAUGUGGUGGAGCUGUCAGUGCACCACAGAGGGCUUCUUUUGGCCAGGGAAAUGGUCGAAUCUGGUUGGAUGAUGUCAGAUGUUCAGGACAGGAAUUCUCCCUCACAAACUGCUCACACCGUGGUUUUGGAGAACAUGACUGUGGACACCAUGAAGAUGCAGGAGUUGUCUGCUUAGCUCUAAGUGAAGUGAAACUGGUGAAUGGUACUAAUGACUGCUCUGGUAGAGUGGAAAUCCUUUAUAAUGGCACGUGGGGAACCGUGCGUGAUGAUAACUGGGACAUGAAAGAUGCUGCUGUGGUGUGCAGACAGAUGGGAUGUGGAGGAGCUGUUAGUGCACCAAAUAAUGUUUCUUUUGGCCAGGGAAGUGGUCCGAUUUGGUUGAAUAAUGUCAGAUGUUCAGGAAAUGAAUCCUCCCUUAGAGACUGCUCACAUCAUGGUUUUGGAGUAAAUAACUCUAGACAUUAUGAAGAUGCUGGAGUUGUCUGCUUAAAGGACAUUAGAUUGGUUGGUGGGUUUCAUUCUUGCUCUGGGAGAGUGGAGAUCCUGUAUAAUGGCACGUGGGGAACCGUGCGGGAUGAUAACUGGGACAUGAAAGAUGCUGCUGUGGUGUGCAGACAGAUGGGAUGUGGAGGAGCUGUUAGUGCACCAAAUAAUGUUUCUUUCGGCCGGGGAAGUGGUCCGAUCUGGUUAAAUAAUGUGAGAUGUUCAGGAAAUGAAUCCUCCCUUAGAGACUGCUCACAUCAUGGUUUUGGAGUAAAUAACUCUAGACAUUAUGAAGAUGCUGGAGUUGUCUGCUUAAAGGACAUUAGAUUGGUUGGUGGGUUUCAUUCUUGCUCUGGGAGAGUGGAGAUCCUGUAUAACGGCACGUGGGGAACCGUGUGUGAUGAUGACUGGGACAUGAAUGAUGCUGCUGUGGUGUGCAGACAGAUGGGAUGUGGAGAAGCUAUUAGUAAAGAAAGUGAUGCUUCUUUUGGCCUGGAAAGUGGUCAGAUCUGGUUGGAUGGUGUGAGAUGUUCAGGAAGUGAAUCUACACUCAGAGACUGCUCACACCGUGGUUUUGGAGUAAAUAACUGUAAACACCAAAAAUAUGCAGGAGUUGUCUGCUUAGACAUUAGAUUGGUUGGUGGGUUUCAUUCAUGCUCUGGGAGAGUGGAGAUCCUGUAUAACAGCACGUGGGGAACCGUGUGUGAUGAUGACUGGGACAUGAAUGAUGCUGCUGUGGUGUGCAGACAGAUGGGAUGUGGAAGAGCUGUCAGUGCACCACAGAGUGCUUCUUUUGGCCAGGGAAGGAAUCAGAUCUGGUUGAAUGAUGUCAAAUGUUCAGGAAAUGAAUCCUCACUCACAAACUGCUCACACCGUGGUUUUGGAGUAAAUAACUGUGGACAUCAAAAAGAUGCGGAAGUUGUCUGCUUAGACAUUAGAUUGGUCCCACCAAUCUUCAACAAGUUUGAUUCAUGCUGUGGACGAGUGGAGAUCCACCACAAUGGCGAGUGGGGAAGUGUGUGUGAUGAAAACUGGGACAUGAAUGAUGCUGCUGUGGUGUGCAGACAGUUACAGUGUGGAUCAGCCAUCAGUGCACCUUAUAGUGCUGCAUUUGGUGAAGGCAGUGGAUCUAUCUGGCUGGAUGAGGUUAACUGUACAGGAAGUGAAGAAAGUCUCAUUCAGUGUUCACACAAUGGAGUAGGAAAACAUAACUGUAAUCACGGUGAAGUUGCUGGUGUUGUUUGUUACGGUACAGACACAUGUGUCUAA